ACUAAUUAGUUGAACAAUUCGACUUAUUCUGUUUUGUGUGAAAUCUCUUUAUCACAAUAUUUCCCAGCACUAUUAUGAAACUCCUCCUUUGUUAUUAUGUGUUGUAUUCAUUUGCAGAUGUGUUAAAAAAGAACAUCUGCACAAGCACCUUCCUAAAUGACCCUGUUAGUUUCUAUGGCACUUGAACCGGCACUGCAGAACCUGUUUUUCUUUUUUCCCUCUUCUGCACGCUCCACUAUCAUUCAUAUCAUCUUACCAGCCUGUGGGAAAUCAAUACCAAACCAAAAUGUCUGCACAACACCGCAUAUUGUUCCUGAACGCCUCUCAGUUCACAUACAGCUGACCGUUUCUGUGGAUAUUUCUGCUGUUAACAAAGUGAACUUUUGGAUGGCUGGUUCUGGCAUCAUGAUUCUGGUUUGGAUCGUAUUGUUUUUAUCAGUUAAUCUGGCUGAAUGUGUGCCAGAGAAGCCAAAGAGAUCCACUCUGAACCAGCUGACCCGAACCCUGCUGAGGAAAUAUGACUGUGGAGUUCGACCUGUCCACAACUGGACCAGUUCUACUACGGUCUACAUAGACCUCAUACUGCAGUCUGUCCUCGAUGUGGAUGGAAAGACCCAGAGCAUCACGACAAGCAUUUGGUACAGACAGAUCUGGAGGGAUGAGUUCCUCGUUUGGGACCCGGAGGACUUCGAUGGCAUCACUGAGCUCUCUCUCUCUUCUGACGCCAUCUGGGUGCCUGACAUCAUCGUCACCGAAUUCGUGGAAGAGGGAAAGUCUCCUCCCAUCCCCUACGUUUACGUCAACUCAUCUGGUUCUGUGAGGAACUAUCGGCCGAUCCAGGCGGUGCUGGCGUGCAGCUUGGAGAUGUACGCCUUUCCUUUUGACAAGCAGAACUGCAGCCUCACCUUUCGCAGCUGGCUUCACUCAGUGAAAGAAAUCGACCUGGCUCUGUGGAGGAGCGCAGAGGCCAUAGCGGGCGAUAAGAGGGAGUUCAUGAAUGAUGGCGAAUGGGAACUGCUGUCCGUUCCAUCCCAGUACUGGCAUAUCCGCCAAGACGACGCCGACUAUGCUCAGAUCCAGUUCAACCUGCUGAUCCGCCGGCGCCCCCUGCUGUACGUGGUCGGCCUCCUCAUUCCCAGCAUCUUCCUCAUGCUGGUGGAUGUGGUGAGCUUCUACCUGCCUAUGGACAGCGGAACGAGAAUCGCCUUUAAGAUCAGCAUUCUGCUGGGUUACACCGUCUUCAGAGUCAACCUGACAGACGAACUGCCUGCCACGGCUCUCAGGACUCCUCUCAUUGGUGUGUUCUUCGUGGUGUGCAUGGCCAUGCUGAUGCUCAGUCUCAUCAAGUCCAUAUUGGUGGUGAAGCUGCUCCAUCACAGCGAGAAAGAGGUCAAGCAAAUGUCACUGUCUGCCUGCCUGCUGGACCGGUACGGCUCAGGCGGCCGCAGCCUCAGCGAGAGCGCUUUGACCUCCAUCAAAACCCUGGACAACAUCUAUGCGCCUGGAGAUUAUGAGCUUGAAAGCUCCCUGGAGGAAGACCUGCUGUCCCUGAACGACGUCCCAGAUCCUCCCUCUAGCCUGGAGUGGCUUCUCCAGGAACUGGUUUUCCUUCGGAUGGCUUUUUCCCAGGAGGACAGCGAGUCUUCAGCUCAGGCCGAAUGGCUGUCGCUCUGCCUGCGGCUCGACCGCUUGCUGUUUCGCCUUUACCUCCUGGUUUUAGCCGUGUACACCAGUACGCUGCUGCUGCUGUGGGCCAGAUGGAGCUUCACUUGAGCCAGCAGCACAUUGAAUACGAUCACUCCUUAAAUAAGAUUACUUAGUGGUUGGGUUCAACAACACUGAUUGGGAAACUCAUCACCAAGUCAUAGAUUUUAUAAACAAUUAUCUAAAAGUUGUACUUUUCUUUUUUUUUUCUAAAAAGAUGAUUGUGUUUUGAACUUCCUUUUAUUGCAAAAGUAAUUGAACAAGAGCUCUUAGAUGCUCUCAUUGACUCCUACAAAUUUGUCUCCUAAAUCAUAUUUUUUUUAAUAUCAAUUUUCAAUUGACUUGUUUUGCAUGACUUGCAGGACAAUCUGCAGUCUUAGUCCCUGGAUUCAAGUUCUGACUUUGACACUAAGAAGCUGGGGAGGCAUAUUUUUGAUUUAGAAAUAUUUAUUUUACAAUAUCAAACUUUCAAUUCUCAUUGGUUAUUCUUAAUGCAUGGAGAAGCUGCUCCAUUACAGCGAGAAAGAACAAGGUUCUGCUAUUGAUCUUUUUUAGUUUGUGUCUUAUUUGUUUCCCUUAUCUUUCAUGAGCAUCACCAGGAAAUGUAAGAAGCUUUUUUUUGUGGUGAGUCAAACAUUCAUUAGGCAUCUGUAGGUGAUUUAAAACACCAUUAUAUGUAUUUUUUGCGUGAGCAUUUGGCACAAUUUAAUAGUUUGACUCCAAUAUGUUUAUUUUUUGUGUAUUUUCAUGUCAUUUGCAUAGAAAUUUGUGAACCACUUUGAAGUGUGUCAUUAAUAAAGGCAGCAUGUUAUUUUUUA